AUGGAUACUAAAGGCAGUCAAAAUGUAUCAGGCACCAAUUUACCAAACAUUCCAAUGUCUGAAGAUGGAGUAGUAUACAUUGCUGUCAAAGGUUCCAUUCAUGCAAAUGAUUGCUCUGUGUUUGGUUUAGGUUCAGAAGAAAUUAAGGCCUUAACAAAAAAAUAUCCAGGUUCUGGUAAUGUUGUGAAUGGUGUUGCUAUGAAAACCAAUGUUCUGGAAUUGAUUAAUUCACUGAGCCAGCUGGGAUAUAAAGUGGUGACAAGUACAGGUGAGGCAGAAAUCAUCUGGACUCUUCAGAGAGAUAUAUAAUUAUUGUUACUAAAUAUUAGUAUUUUUUGAGUAAUUUCUAUCACCAAUAAAUGGAGGGCAGCCACUGUAAUCAUGAUUGUCAUAUAACAAAUGCUAACAAAUCAGUUUGUCAAACUCUAUCUGAAAUGGAUUGGGAGAGAGGGAUUUGGAAUGCAGGCAAACUGUCAACUGUAAAAUUUCUCAUAGAGUCGGGAGCUAAAACUGAUUUGAUAGAUGACGAUGGAAAAACUAUACUGCAUAAAGCUGUGGAGUAUAAACGAGAAGAUUUAGUAAACAUGCUGCUUGAAACACAU